GAACGAGACAGCUGAAGAAUAUAUGAGCAUAGAACAUCAUAUUUACCUACAAUAUAGUUUGAGUUUGUGUUUUUUUAGAAUAACUAAAAAAAAAUAUCGAUGGAUUUGAUAUUGUCAUCGAAAAAAGCCGAUAAAACUAUAGUGGAAGUUGAAGGAGUUGGUGGAUACUACACAUGGUCAAGUAGCCAAUUUCCUGUUCUUAGCCAGAAAAAAAUUGCUGGUGGAUUGUUAGUUCUUCAGCCUCGUGGCUUUGCUUUACCUCACUAUGCUGAUUCCUCUAAAAUUGGUUAUGUUUGUGAAGGUGAAUGCAUUGCUGGACUGAUCUCACCAGAAGAUUCGAAAGAAGAAGUUAUAAAAAUUCAAAAAGGGGAUGCCCUACCAAUUACUGUGGGAACAGUGUCAUGGUGGUACAAUGCUGGUGACACUAAACUCAAAAUAAUUUUCUUGGGAGAAUCAUCUGAGGACUAUACACCUGGAGAAUUCUGUUAUUUCUUUUUAACUAGUGCCGCUGGUAUACUAAAUGGAUUUUCUAAUGAAUUAAUUGCCAAAACUUUUCACAUGACCCAAACUGAAUCUGAAAAACUUGUGAAAGAUCAAAGUGGUUUAAAUAUUAUAAUUAAGGUAAAUGAAGGUAUACAAAUUCCAAACGGAUCCAGCAGUGCGAAACGCAAGUUUGUUUACAACUUGGAUGGUGCAAAACCUUGUGUUGAGGUUAAAAAUGGUGGACAUUUAUCUUCGUUAAGUAUUAAGAAUAUACCGUUGCUUGGAGAGAUUGGAUUAAGCGCGAAUCGCGUAGUUUUGGAAUGUGGUGCUGUACUUGGUCCGAUUUAUACACCUGAUUCGUUUAUUCAUUUGAGUUAUAUUACGAAAGGGAGUGGACGUGUUGUAAUUGUGGGACUGUUUGGUAAGGUUGUGUUGGACACUAAAGUGGAGGAAGGUGACUUGUUUUAUGUACCAAAAUUCUUUCCGUUUGUUGUGGAAGCUGAUGAAGGAGGAAUUGAGUUCUUCUCCAUGAAAACAUCGUCAAAGGAAGUAUAUGGAGAAUUAUCAGGUGGAAAAAAAUCAGUUUGGGAAGCAGCAUCUCCAUCAAUUUUAGAGGCCUCUCUGAAUAUGACUCCGGAUUUGACAAAGUCUUUCAAGUCCAAGAUUGCUAAGGGUGCCGUCAUUGCCCCACCUUCAAAUGUUUAAGUAACAUUUGAGUAUAAUAAUUAUAAUAAUCUAAUAAGUAAUUGUAUGCUUGAAAUAAGACCGAUCGAUGAUCGAUAUGUGUGUAAAAGAUUAUUAUAUGGGAGCUUUUGACGUUUUAGCUUUUCCUUAA